AUGACAGCCUCCGUGCUCCUCCACCCCCGCUGGAUCGAGCCCACCGUCAUGUUUCUCUACGACAACGGCGGUGGCUUGGUGGCCGACGAACUCAACAAGAACAUGGAAGGGGCGGCGGCGGCGGCGGCAGCGGCGGCGGCGGCGGCGGCGGCCGGGGCCGGGGGCGGGGGCUUCCCCCACCCGGCGGCUGCGGCCGCGGGGGGCAACUUCUCGGUGGCAGCGGCGGCCGCAGCGGCCGCGGCGGCCGCAGCUAACCAGUGCCGCAACCUGAUGGCGCAUCCGGCGCCCCUGGCGCCCGGCGCCGCGGCCGCCUACAACACCGCGGCCGGGGAGGCGCCCCCGUCGGCCGCCGCCGCUGCCGCUGCCGCCGCUGCCGCCGCCGCCGCCGCCGCGGCUGCGUCGUCCUCGGGAGGGCCCGGCCCCGCGGGCCCAGCGGGCGCCGAGGCCGCCAAGCAGUGCAGUCCCUGCUCGGCGGCGGCGCAGAGCUCGUCGGGGCCCGCGGCGCUGCCCUACGGCUAUUUCGGCAGCGGCUACUACCCGUGCGCCCGCAUGGGCCCGCACCCCAACGCCAUCAAGUCGUGCGCGCAGCCCGCCUCGGCCGCCGCCGCUGCGGCCGCCUUCGCUGACAAAUACAUGGAUACCGCCGGCCCCGCGGCGGAUGAGUUCAGCUCCCGCGCUAAGGAGUUCGCCUUCUACCACCAAGGCUACGCGCCCGGGCCUUACCACCACCAUCAGCCCGUGCCUGGCUACCUGGAUAUGCCGGUGGUGCCCGGCCUGGGGGGCCCCGGCGAGUCGCGCCACGAGCCCCUGGGUCUUCCCAUGGAAAGCUACCAGCCCUGGGCGCUGCCCAACGGCUGGAACGGCCAAAUGUACUGCCCCAAAGAGCAGGCGCAGCCUCCCCAUCUCUGGAAGUCCACUCUGCCCGACGUGGUCUCUCAUCCCUCAGAUGCCAGCUCCUACAGGCGGGGGAGAAAGAAGCGCGUCCCCUACACCAAGGUGCAAUUAAAAGAACUGGAACGGGAAUAUGCUACAAACAAAUUCAUUACCAAGGACAAACGGAGGCGGAUAUCAGCCACAACAAAUCUCUCUGAGCGGCAGGUUACAAUCUGGUUCCAGAACCGGAGAGUCAAAGAGAAAAAAGUCAUCAACAAACUGAAGACCACUAGUUAA